CGAAUCGCGGCAAAUCAAACGACAAGACAACUGCCCCAUCGAAAGUGAGCAACGAACUCCAAAGCAGCAGCAGCAGAUCUGCAAAUCUGCAUUUCCCUCCGACACAUCCCAAACCCCUAACCGGAGGGUCCGAGAUCCGAAAACCUCCACCCAAUUCGGAGCUCCACCACCCGAUGAUGGAGUCCGAAAAUGCCGCCGACGACUCCUCCGCGGUGGCUACCCUCCUCCCCUUGGCCUCCGCCUCCCAGCAACCUUACGUCUCCGAGCUCCUCUCCUUCACCCUCGAUCGCCUCCACAAGGAACCGGAGCUUCUUCGGGUCGAUGCGGAGCGAAUACAGCGGCAAAUGCAGGAGGUGGCGGUGGCCAAUUACCGAGCGUUCAUUGCCGCUUCCGAUGCAUUGGUCUCAAUUCGAAACGAAGUGUCCUCCAUUGACAAACAUCUCGCGUCUCUGCUGGAGGAGACGCCGAAGUUGAUGAGUGGGUGCACCGAGUUUGUUGAAUCCGCGGAGCAGAUUUUGGAAAAGAGGAAAUUGAACCAGACGUUGCUAGCUAACAGUACAUUGCUCGACUUACUUGAAAUUCCUCAGCUUAUGGAUACAUGUGUGAGGAAUGGAAAUUACGAUGAAGCUCUUGACUUAGAAGCAUUUGUUUGCAAGCUUUCGACCAUGCACCCCAAAUUGCCUGUUAUUCAGGCUUUGGCUGCAGAAGUCAGGCAGACCACUCAGUCUCUUCUUUCUCAGCUUCUUCAGAAACUUCGUUCAAAUAUUCAGUUACCUGAAUGUCUCCGCAUUAUUGGAUAUUUACGUAGAAUAGGAGUAUUUAGUGAAUAUGAAAUGCGUUUACAGUUUUUGAGAUGUCGGGAGGCAUGGCUUACUGGAAUUCUGGAGGAUUUGGACCAGAGAAAUGCUUAUGAAUACCUGAAGGGGAUGAUAAAUUGUCAUAGAAUGCAUCUUUUUGAUGUUGUUAACCAAUAUAGAGCAAUAUUUGCUGAUGAUACAUCAGGCAGUGAAGAAAAUUAUGAUGGUGGUCUUCUUUUCAGUUGGGCUAUGCAUAUAAUUACUUCACACCUUAAGACUCUUAAAAUUCUGCUUCCAAAGAUAACUGAAGGCGGAUCUCUAUCAAAUAUCUUGGAUCAAUGCAUGUAUUGUGCUAUGGGACUUGGUUGGGUUGGGCUAGAUUUUCGGGGAUUGCUGUCAUCACUGUUUGAAGAGGCAGUUCUCAACUUAUUCUCAAAAAACAUGAGCGCAGCAGUUGAGAAUUUUGAGGUGGUCUUGGAUUCACAUCGUUGGGUCCCACUACCAGUAGUUGGCUUUUCAUCGAAUAGUCAUGGUGAUGAAAAUCAGGAUGAUGUAACCCCACCAUCUUAUCUUAUGGAACAUCCACCUCUUGCUGUCUUUGUUAAUGGUGUUUCUGCAGCGAUGAAUGACCUCCGCCCCUGUGCCCCAAUAAGUUUGAAGCAUGUGCUUGCUCAAGAGUUAAUCAAGGGGUUGCAGGCUGUUUCUGAUUCUUUACUGAGGUACAACACAAAUCGGAUGCUGAAAGAACAUGAGUCUGGACUUUUCCUCUCACUUUGUCGAGCAUUUAUUGAGGUAUAA